AUGCGCUCUAUUGCCACCCUGUUCCCGUUCUCGCUCUCAGUUCUUGCUUCCCCUCGAACACCGCUCACAUACCUGGUACCCUUCUCUACAAUAUUCACUCUAUCAGUAUCUCCCCACACACCAUUACUCAGCCUCCUCGACGAGCCUCGACUGCCUCCGCCCAAUGCCGCCCAACGCAACCGACGCACCCUCGCUGGUUCUUUGCCUCCACGAAGUCAAGCAGCUGGACACCGCCGUCCUAACCCUAGCCCACCUCAUUCGACCUCUUUCAACGUAGCCUGCUCCCAACGCAGCUCUUCCCAGUGUGCCAACCGAUACGGUCUUUUUCCAGAAGCUUGCGUUCCUCAGACGCACAUCCGAUUCGUCCAACUACUGCUUGGCUUUCACUUUGCCCACCCACUCCCUUCCACUUCCUCGACCAUGCAACACUCUACCAACUCACGCAACUGGACCCCAGCACUCCACGAGUGGGCCGACACCCUCAUCGCUUUUCUCACCCACGAUAUACCGCCUUACAUCAACGCCCAAGUCGCUACCGAGGUUGCAAAGCAACUUCGGGAAGAGAGACGACACGUGGAGACUGAACGAGAUUAUGCACGACACAGGUGGAUGAGCGGGGUGGCCGGUGUGAGAGUUGGACGGCGAUCAAGGAGAGCUCACUCACAUACGGUGUUUGACUCUCCUUUAUCGCCGACGUUUUGA